AUGUCCUCUAAAGCAGAAGAAACAGUUAAAAUCUCCGAAAAAAUAGCACAAUACGAAAGUUUCCUAAACGAUAGACUAAAACCAGAUCUCAAAAAAACAUUAGAGCUGCGAGAUGCCGUCUAUGAUCAACUCACUGAAUAUUUGAAAUUAAAGGCACAAAUUCGCGUAAUUACCGAAAAUCAAUUAACGGAGCUGAAGACGAUGGUAGAUUUAGGCACAAAUUUUUAUGUGCAAGCUAAAGUUCCAGAUACCACGUAUAUAUUCGUGAACGUCGGAUUCGGGUUCCACGUGCAAUUAACGUUGGCGGAAGCCAUUGAAUUUAUUGAUCGAAAAGAAAAGGUUUUACAACGAAAAGCAGAACAAUAUACCAUAAAAGAAUCAAAAAUUAAAGCGAAUAUUAAAUUGGUGUUAGAGGCAUUGACUGAAAUUAUGAAACUAGAGAAAAACCCACAAUUGGAAUUACGUGAUGAUUUAUUUGUGUGA